AUACAUUUAAUAAACAUUCCGCAGAGAGAGUUAUUUUCGAACAUUUUUGUUGAAAAUACUUGAACGAUUGAGAUUUAGAAAAAAUUAAUCAAAUCAUUUUAUUGCUCAAAAUAGCGUAAAAAAUAGUUCAUUUCAAGUAUCACUUCAAAUUAAUCAUUCAAACUUCAUCAUAUCAAUUCAAAAUAUUUCUGUGGAUUCCAAAAACUCAAACACUUAAAAGAUGUCACAAGGAAAAAACUAUAAAAGACAUCAUCUAAAUCCGUUGCUUAUUAAUCAAACAACGAUGAAAAAACUCUACGCGGAUCGAGGUGAAACUGGCGAUGUGUCAUUUAUUGUUGAGUCCGAAGUAAUUCGUGCACAUCGCUGUGUAUUGGCUACCCACAGUCCCAAGUACAAGGCUCAAUUCUACGGUGUUCAACCGGAUCAAGGAGAGAUUCGCGUGGAUGGUGUAUCAGCGGAUGCGUUUCGGGAAUUUCUCCAGUUCUUCUAUUUAGAUGAAGUUUUUUUGACCCAAAAGAAUAUCGAAGAUGUACUAAACUUGGCCUGUCAAUCGUUGGUCAAUACUUUUGUUAAUGUGUGUGAAGAAUUUCUCAAAUAUUCUAGUGUUUUAUUAAUUGAUAACUUUUGUUGGUCAUAUCGUUUGGCGAUGCUGUAUGACUUGAAGUCAUUACAGAAUAAAUGUAGACAUUUUUUUAACUAUAAAACAUAUGCAUUGAAGGUAUUAGCGAAUGCCGGUUUUGAAAAUUGUGAUCGGGAGCUACUCCCAGAACUUUUGCAAUUGUACGCAGAGAAAUGCAAAGAAAUAGACUAUUUUAAUGCGUGUAUCGCAUGGGCUAAAACUGCGUGUAAGCUGGAAAAUAAAGAUCCAGAAAAUGGUGUGAAUUUACGUGCCGUUCUGGGAGAUGCAAUUACAAACAUUCGUUUUGGUAACAUGACGAUUGAAGAAUUUGCCGAAAUUCAUAGCAAAUAUGACGGAUUGUUUUCAACAGAUGAAUCCAUUGAAAUAAUGUAUAUGAUUGGUAAAGUGAAUGGAUUCAAGUCGAAACGAUUUAAUCAACUAUCACGAAAAGAAUUCGAAUUUACAGUAAAAAAGGUGGAUACAAUUUUUGAAUGUGAUCGAGUUAGUUCUAAAUCCGAAGAUCGUAAGGGGCUUCGAAGAGAAGAAAAGAUUUGGUUUUAUUGUAUUAAGCUAAUCAAAUUACACGGUUUAGUUAUUGCCACCACAAACAUUGGAGAUAUAAAGAUUUUAGUAGCAUGUUCAAUUGAGCAUUUUGAAUAUUGCCCGAAAUUUACAACAAAAAGUAAAACGGAUACAAACGAAACAAUAAUCACAUUUGAUCAACCAAUUUUUUGUACGAAUUCAUGUUUUAUACAUUUGGAAAGGGAUUCCUGGUGGAAUAAUAAAGAUGGUUACUAUGUCAAAGAUACGAUUGAAUCGCAUGGGACCCAUUUCAUAUUUAAUCGAGUGGAUCCGGAUGGAUCCGUAUCAUUUGUGAAACGUAUUCUGUACAGUUGUCGUGAGUAGAGUUCGCAAAAGAAAAUAAAUCCAAAAAAUUAUAUGCCAUUUAAGAUUUAUAGAAUUACUUUAUGUACA